AAAUCAAGAAAGCACUUUGCAGAAGAAUCAUGGGGGGAAUGUAUAAGAGUUAGCUAUCCACAUGAACUUUUAAAAUUAUUUUUCAGGAUUUAAAAAAAAAAAAAACAGGAAACAGGCAAAAGCAUGCAACUCCUGAGGGCAAUAGGAUUCUUCCGUGGAAGCAUUUUAAUAUUUAGUGCCACAAUAGGGGCAGGAAUCUUUGUGUCUCCUAAAGGGGUAUUAAAAUAUUCCUCACUGAAUGUAGCUGUCUCCCUGAGUAUUUGGGCUGCUUGUGCUGUGCUGACUUUGAUCUCCGCUCUCAGUCACGCAGAGCUGGGGACAACAUUCCCUAGAAGUGGAGCACAGUAUUAUUUCCUCAAAAGAUCUCUUGGAUCCUCUGUUGCUUUCCUCAGUCUUUGGAUCAAACUUUUUACUCAUCCCUUAAGACUAGCUACUGAAACCUUGUUAUUAUCUACCUAUACAAUUCAGCCUUUCUAUGCCGGGUGCCCAGCUCCAGAGCUACCAAAGAAGUGUCUAGCUUUGGCUAUUCUGUGGUCUUUGGGACUUCUAAAUACUCGAGGGGUGCAAACAGUGGCUUUGUUUCAAACUAUCAGUACUGUGGCAAAGAUGACUGUCCUCUGCUUCAUUUCCCUCACUGGGAUUGUGCUGUUAGGGAUUGGGAAAAAAGAGAACGUGGCCAGGUUUGAGAACGCUUUCGACGCUGAACUUCCUAAAGUCUCACAGAUUGCAGAAGCCUUCCUACAAGGAUUGUUUGCAUAUUCUGGCACGUCAAUCCUGAACAGCAUAGCAGGAGAGAUAAAAAAUCCUGGUGAAAAUAUUCCCAAAUCUCUGAUUACUGUCCUUCCCAUGGUGGCUGUGAUUUACUUACUGACUAAUGUAUCCUACCUGGCAGUUUUGACUCCCAGGGAAAUCAUCUCUGCAGAUGCUGUUGCUGUUACCUGGACAGACAAAAUAAUCCCUUCCAUGAAAUGGGUGAUUUCUUUUGGAAUUUCAACUUCGAUAUUUAGCAGCAUGUGUUGUACAGUGCUUUCGGCAUCAAGGAUGAUCUACACAGCAAGCCAAGAAGGACAACUGCCUUUGAUCUUCUCGAUGCUCAAUAACCACUCGUGUCCAACCAUGGCUGUCAGCCAGAUAAUCAUCUUAACUUCAGUUGUUAUUAUAACCUCAGAUUUGAUCAAUUUAAUAAAAUAUUCAGGAUUAGCAAUAUGGUUUUUAAGAGGGUUACAUAUGAUAGGUUUACUUAAACUAAGGUACCAGGAACCCAAUCUACCUAGACCUUACAAGGUGCCUUUGCCAUUUAUAUUUGGAAGCAUAGCUAUAUCUUUGUUUCUGAUUUUGACGCCAUUGAUUCAGGCUCCUAAAAUAGAGCAUGUCUAUGGGCUUAUCUUUAUGUUCAGUGGACUCCUGUGCUACUGGAUUCAUGUUCACCUUAAUCAACAUUCUGUCUGUUUUGUCAAAAUCACUUGUUAUUUACAAUUACUGUUUAAUGUUUCACCACCUGAAGACCAUGAUGAAGGUACUUCAACAGGAAAAAAAGACCUUACAGAAAUCUUUGUAAAUAAGAAACUUUAA